GCUUGACACAGCUGAGGGUUUGACAUCGACACUGUUGUUCAGUUUGGAUAAACAGAAACAACAAUAUAGAGCAGAAGCUCGGUGCUCCGCUGUCAGAGCGAACAUGAAGGAGAAAGAGGAGACCGUCGUGGUCAAACGCACCAGUUCGGAGCAGAGGAAGCUGCGUUCUCGUGAUGCGGCCCGAUGUAGGCGGGGUCAGGAGACGGAGGUGUUCUAUGAGCUGGCCAGCACUCUGCCGCUGCCCCGUCGAGUCUGCACCCACCUGGACAAAUCCGCCAUCAUGAGAGUCGCCCUCAGCUUCCUGCGGAUGCACCACCUCCUCCUCCGACCCGGUGAGAAUCAGAGCGAGGAGUCUGAAGAGAAGGAGGAGAAGAAGGAGGAGGAAGAGGAAGAGGAGGAGGAAGAGGAUCCAAUGGAUUCUUUCUACCCUCAGGCGUUGGCCGGCUUCAUCAUGGUGAUGACCGAGGAGGGAGACAUGAUCUACCUGACGGAAAAUAUCAGCACACACAUCGGCGUCACACAGCUGGAGCUGCUGGGUCAGAGUAUCUAUGACUUCGUUCAUCCCUGUGAUCAGGAGGAGCUCAGAGACCUGCUGACUCCACGUCCAGGUUCCUGUAAGAAGCAGUUGGCAAAACGGCCGAGCGAGAGGAACUUCUUCCUGCGGAUGAAGAGCACUCUGACCAGCAGGGGGCGCACCGUCAACAUCAAGUCUGCUGCCUGGAAGGUUCUCCACUGCACGGGUCACAUCCGUCAGCUGGGUGGCGGCUCCGCGUCGCCUCCUGUGGGCAGAGUGAUGACCCUGCUGUGUGAGCCCAUCCCUCACCCGUCCAGCGUGGAGUUCCCCCUGGACACGCACACCUUCCUCACCCGCCACAACAUGGACCUGCACUUCACACACUGCGAGGGCAGGGUGACAGAGUUGGUGGGAUACAAACCUGAAGAUCUGAUUGGCCACUCGGCCUACGAGUUUCAUCACGCGCUCGACUCUGAUCACGUCAACAAGAGCCUGCACACACUGCUGUCCAAAGGUCAGGUGAGCACCAGACACUACCGUUUCCUGGCGAACGGCGGCGGCUUUGUGUGGACGGAGACUCAGGCCACCGUCCUCUACAGCAGCAGGACGUCGCAGGCCGAGGCCGUCGUCUGCCUCAACUAUAUUCUCAGUGCCGUGGAGCAGCCGGACCUCGUCUUCUCCGUGGAGCAGACCCGUUGUGGCCGGCUGGCUGAAGCCGAGCCCCACGUGCCGGCGCUCGCGCCAGAGGAUUGUGAGGCUUCCGACAUCAGCGACUCUGACCCGGACGGUGAGCAUCUCGCCAGCUCCAGUCAGACUGAGGCCGCAGGUUCGAAUCCCGACAGCGCUGAAGAGCUUUUCUUCAAAGGGAAGGAGCCGCCGGAGGAGCUUCUCCAGUUGGAUCCAGAGGCCGGAAACGCCAUCGUCCCACUGACAGGAGAUUUUGUUGCGCUGUCGUUCACCAGUCUGCCCAGUCCAGACUCAGUGCCGGACCACCCUCAGGACCUGUGCACUCCACAGCUGCGACAGCUCCUCUCACCCAUCUUGGGCCUUAUCACUCCACCUUCAUCAUCAUCACCGUCAUCACCGGCCGCCCCACCUGAUGUUGAGUUGAGCCCCUGUAAGGAGGAGGUGACGGACACCAGCAUGGUGGAGAAGUUCUUCGCUGUUUGGUCAGAGGGUGGUCAGAAGAAAGAGGAAACACUGGAGAUGGAGGUGAUGGAUCUGGAAAUGUUGGCUCCUUAUAUCUCUAUGGACGACGACUUCCAGCUGACCGUCCUCAGUCUGCCGGAGGAAGCCGACAUACCUCCGUCUUCUUCUUCGUCCGAGCCCUCAGCUGGGACACCUGCAGUCACAGGGAGCAGGAAACGGGCUCAUAACGUGGAUGAGGAGAUGCCUUCCCAGCUGAUGAUUCAGGACAAGAAACAGAAACAAGAUCCUUCCUCAAUAGAAGAGGAACUUCUUCUCAGCCACAGACUUCUGAGCUGUCUGGAGGAAACCGACCAAUUAGAUUUGUUCCUGGACCCGAUGGCUGAAGGGCGAAGUCAUCUGCUCACAGACAGAGACCCUGUUUUAGGAGGCACACAGGGACUCUGUGAUACUGCAGCUCUGAUGAGGGACAUAUUCACACCUCGUCCACCUGACCUGUUGCCGCCUCUAAUGCUCAUGACUUGACAGAGCUCCUUUCGCCCCAACUUCUGCGCUCAAACCGCCGGACGCAAAUAUAGACUGACGCACAUUGUGUAACCACGCUUUGAGGUCCGUCGUGACCUCAACGCUUUUGUAGCUGAACCAAGAAAGGUCUAAGUGAGAACUGAUGACAGGUGAUAAAGCAGAUGGGAGGUGCUGCAGUUUGCUUUCUUUAACCCAGUCGCUUGUUUUCACUCUACAUUUUAAACGUAAUCUCUGAGUCAAUGUGAGGAACCAGCAGGUGGUGCUAAAAAUAUGUUGUCAAAAAUACUCUGAGACAAAUCUGGAAAUAUUUCUCUGUGCAGCUAAAUGAGAUUCAUCACACCUUUUAAUUGGAUCACAUUUAAUUAGUUUCAGUAUGUGUCAUUAUUUAGGCAUGAUGCGCAGGAACUCCCAUAAUGCUCUGUUUUAACUUUGAGCCAACUUCUUUCAAGUAUGACAUUUUUUUUCCAAUCCCACUGCCAUUUUGUGUUUUCUUUCAAAUUACUUCUCCAAAAAAAAAAAAAUGUAAUAUCAGUGGCAGCGUUUAUUUCAGUGGCAUAUUUUUACUGUUAUUCUUAUUCUUAUACACUCUGAACUGUUAUUACCGUGUUAUCUAAAACCACGAUGGCCUCCAAAUGACUCGUGGCGUUUGUUUUAGCUUCCUGUGGUGCCAGGUGGGCGGGGUUUACCUCAUCCAGUGCUCCCUACAAACUAAUGUGAGGCGAUCGAUCACAUGUUUGGUGCCAGCCUGAACCUGUUUACUACAGAGGAAACACGAAGUGAGCUAAACAAAUAAAAAAGCAGUUCAGUUUGUCCUUUUUAUUAUAAUUAAAACCAAUUAGGAAAUAGAAUGUGAUUAAGAACUGAUGCUAAUAGUAGAUGUUUGUUUUUUAAGUAGCGACAGCUUGUUCAUGCUAUCUUUAGAAAUGCAUUUAAAACAAUAUAUUGUGUCAGAUAGGAGUUUGAUUUUAUGACUUGUAACAGAUUGUGCCUCAACAUGCUCGGUAUAAGGAGAGUAGACUUGUAUUUUACAGUUGUAGCAUUUGAUGAAUAUAUCGUAUUGUGUCAUAUUGUGAUUUGUUUUGGCCUCAGACAUCUGGUAUUUUCUACAAAUAAACCCUCAAACUGCCAA